CAGAUGAAGUAAUUGAUUGUAGAGAUUGAGGAUGGCAAGAGCAAUGAAGAGUGUGUGGGAAUUCGUUUAUGUUGUGAUAGCAGUAGUGGCGAUGAUUAGCGCAGGAGCAUAUGCCUCUAUUUCUUGCAUGACUGUUAUUUCUGAUUUAGCCCCCUGCGCGAGCUUUGUUUCAGGGACCACCGCUCAGCCGCCAAAGGCUUGCUGUGACGGCAUUGGUAGUCUGAAUGCCGCCACCAAUACAAAAACGGACAGGCAAGCCGCUUGUAAGUGCGUAAAGUCUCUUAUAGGGCGCACUCCCAUCAAUUAUACUAGAGCUGGCGAAUUGCCCAAACGCUGCGGGGUAAACAUCGGCAUACCCAUCAGCCCUUCAGUUGACUGCUCCAAUAUCAGCCUAGCUGCCUCAAAUCUGCCCAUGACGUCGCCACCAUGAGUGUGACUCUAGUUGCUGGAUGAGUUAUGUUGCUAUGUUUUUUCUUGUUUAAAUAAUGCUUAUGUACCGCACUACCAAGUUGUUCAGCUAUAAGUUAAUGAAAAAAAUAGAUGAGUUCAGUGUUAAAAGGAUUACUAAU